AUGAUGGGGAUCUUUCUGGCUUAUGUUGGAUGCAUUUUCUUUUCCGUUUUGUAUAUUCAACAAGGACUUUCUACCCAAGCAAAAUUCACCGAGUUCCCCCGAAAUGUCACAGCCACUGAAGGGCAGAACGUGGAGAUGUCGUGCGCUUUCCAGAGCGGCUCCGCCUCGGUGUACCUCGAGAUCCAGUGGUGGUUUCUGCGAGCAGCCGAGGAGCAGGAGGCUGGAGGCGAGGUGACGGGCACUCAGGUGGAGCUCUUACCAGAGAGAGACUUGGACAAUGACGGAACAAAGAUAAGCACAGUGAAAGUACAAGGGAAUGACAUCUCCCACAAGCUGCAGAUUUCAAAAGUGAGGAAAAAGGAUGAAGGCUUGUAUGAGUGCAGGGUGACAGAUGCCAACUAUGGAGACCUUCAGGAAUACAAGGCCCAGGCAUUUCUCAAAGUCAAUGCUAACAGCCACUCUCGGCGAAUGCAGGCCUUUGAAGCAUCCCCAAUGUGGUUGCAAGAUAUGAAACCUCGCAAGAACAUCUCUGCAGCUGUUCCCAGUAGCGUCCAUAACUCUUCCAAUCAGCGAAUGCGCUCCACCGCCAGCCCUGAAGCAGCAGCUAAAAUCCCAAAACAGAGUCCACAAUCAGCAAAGAGCAAAUCGCCUGUAAAAUCCACGGAGCGGACAGCAAAGUUGACCCUAACCUCCAACCACCACUCUGCACCCAAUGUACUCUAA